UCAGUUGUGCCAUAACUGGAGAGAUGUAAAGAAAUUUUUCGUGCCUAAAUUCAACGUGAAUAUGUUUUCCCCAAUAAUUUGGAGACGAUUGGGCAUCGGCCUAAAAAUUCAGGACUUAACUGACAUAUUUUUUGACAAAAUUAUCCAAUUAAUUCAAAAAUAUUACAUGCCUAAUGACUAUUUGUGCAAACUUUUCAACAUCAUUGAUGAUGAAAGUUCUGUGUGCACCUACUCAAAUCACAUUUAUAACAACUUGUGGGAUUUCAAAUCGAUAAUUGCACUUGAUGAAAGGAACCAUAAUAAAAUUGCUGGUGUCUUGGUGUUAAGAAAAGUUACAUUAUUCGAAUAUGGCAGGGCGAUUAGUAGGGCAUCCCUUGUUGAAGGAAAAAGUUACAUUCAAAUGACGGAGAUUGCAAACAAAUUGCAAAAAGGAAUUGACGUUUUUGAUAUAUUCCACUGUGAUCAAGUACUCAGAUACUAUUUGUUGUGCGUCCUCCCUGAGUAUAGAAAAAUGGGUACCACGCAAAUAAUUAAAAUUGACUACUUUAUAGAUUUGAGUGUAGGUUUAGGUAUGAAUCUGUUCGAUGUGGCCAUUGAUGUUGCUCGGAUGUAUCAAAUUCCGGUCGUAAUACAUUUUAGUGACCAUGUAGGCCUAAAGAACGUGGCACAAAGGGUUCAGAUGGAAGUAGUAAACGAAUUAGAGUUUUGCAAAAUAGAAGGACUUGAAAGCGGCUUAAUUCGUAAAGGUGACAUGUUUUCGUACAUGGCUGGUAAAGUACCACCCGAACCCAUACCUGAGCCACUUAAAAAACCCGAUGACGGGAAAAAGAAAGGAAAGAAAGGGAAGAAAGGAAAGAAAGGGAAAAAGGAAAAGAAGGGCAAAAAGAAAAAAUAAAUAUAUCUAA